AUGUCCGAUCGGCGCGGGAAUGAAGGUGGUUCGGUGGAAGGUGCUGAGAGGGCUGCGGCGCAGAAUCCACCCACUGGGGAGAGGUCACAGAAAGCGACUGGUGCCAAAGAUGAUACCAUUAGCGAGGAAAAAGUUGGCGGCGACAAUGGUGGCGGCGACAACAACAACAAGAACAACAACAAGAACGAUAAGGACGGUGGUAAUCCGGACAACCCCCCCGACAGACCGGACUAUCUGAACAAACAUCCUCAACUGGGUCCGUUGUUCGACAGGCUGCCCAACAUCCUCAAUGUCGCGAACCACGGAGAGAUUUGGGGGGUGAACCUCUUAAAUGAACACGAUGUUCCUACCGUGAAUGUCCUGGUCAAGUUCCUGCGCGACAGUGACGGUGACCUGCACAAGGCGGAGGAACGUCUGAUCAGUGUGCUCCAGUGGCGCCGGAACAUGAAUCCGAUUCGGCUGGCCAACAUGCUGCACAAUCACCAGAGGUUCAGGGACUUGGGGUACCUGACACAUUACACAGACAAUGCCGGGGAGGAAGUGGUUACGACGUGGAUUAUCCACGGGGCGGCGAGGGAUUUCAAUAUCACCUAUGGCAAUCAGCGCCAUUUCCUUGAUUGGUAUAUAGCGCUCAUGGAAAAAGCCACCCAUGAAUUGAAGAUUGACGAGUCCGAGAUCGUAAUAAACUAUCACGGCUACGACCCAUACCAGAUGCUGCAGGUGCAGGACUUCAACAAUGUCAGAUACACCCGGUCGGGGUACUCCAAGUUCAAGGUCUGCGCCAAGGGGACCAUCGACAACGGCAUCGACACCGUCACCGCGGCCUACCCAGAGCUGCUGCGCGAGAGAUACUUCGUCAACGUCCCGGCUAUCAAAGGCUGCAGGUUCAAGUUCAGCAAGAUCUUGGGGAUCCAGAACACCACCCAUACGUUCUACCCCAUUACCGACGGCGCGAGUCUGUCCCUCCAAUAUCCGGAUUCUAUUCAACGCCAGUUGCCUCCAUGUUAUGGCGGGAAGGGCGGGACACUGAAGAGCAACGCCCGCACGGUGCAUCUGAGGCCGCCCUCUGUAACAUUAAUUUCGGCAGAUUCACGACGAAAGGUCAAUUUCAACAGAUUCUUCUGGUGGGAGAACUAA